UGGAACAUAAAAUACCUAUAUCCGCUUUACAGUUUGAUUCAACAAAAUCUUAUGUUGCCGUAUCAAAGAUAAAUGAUGCGCCUGGAACAUCUUCCCACUAAAAUUAAAAGCAAAUUGAUUGUACAAUGUACAACACAGAUCUCCAUGAUUAUUGCUUACUUGACUUGAUGAUGGAAGAGAUGGUAUAAUUGUCCUGAGAUCUGGAGAAGAUAUCCCAGAGGCUGCGUCCUUUGGGACCAAGUUCAUAAUCUGCAAUUAAAAAUCCCCAACUCAAAACGUCUAAUCAUCUCGUUGCAAGUACAGAUUGCCCGGGACAAGUGACGAAUUAAUUUGGAAUGACAGUACUCUCUGCAUUCAAUUUGACACAGAGAUCAAAUAUUUCCUUAACGAUUUGAUCUGCACCUGUUCAAUUUGUGUGGAAAUGUGAACAGGGUGAUUCUUAUCCUGAAUGUCCAUUUUUUCCUUAUAUCUGAUUUGCUUUGCUCAUAGCCAGGGAUUUGACAGCGGAUGUGACCUGGUACUGCCAGAGUAAUGAUAAAUUUGACCUUUUAGGCUGUUAAAUUUGUUGUCAUUUACAUCGUAGAUGCCAUUGUAUACAAAUUGUGGAGAUUCUCUGGAAAAAAAUAGGUAGAGGAUGGCUAAGCUGAGUGCAUUGGAGAGGGAGAGGACUAAAUUGAGAGAGCGGAGGAGGAGGGCUAUAACGACGAAAAUAUUUCAGGGCUUGCGGAGAUACGGAAAUUAUAGUCUUGCUCCCAGAGCAGAUAUUAAUGAAGUUCUCCGCGCCUUGGCAGAGGAGGCCGGCUGGAUUGUUGAAGCUGACGGUACUACUUACAGAAAUGCGGCUCGAAUGCAUGAAAUUAAUAUGAAUCUGAGCACGAGCAUGAACGGCUACAGGGGCAUGAUAGUGCCUUUUACAGGUGCCGUAAACCCUAGCCACGCAGAAACGGAGGCUUUGAAGAGUAGUUCACUGGAGGCUGAUUUCAGAGGUGGAGGGCAGGGGAAUCCCCCUUAUUCUACCGCCUGUGGUGGUGGAAUGUUAUCUUUUCCUGCUCUUUCCACAGGAACGCUCAAUUCCAAGGGUUUUCGAAGCGGAUGCUGGUCACUGGACAACUGUACAACGGCUAUUGACAAUCUGGCAGCACAACAGAAUCACUGGGAGAUUAAACAACAAAAAACUGACGGAUCUUUGAGCCAGUCGGAGAUUAUGGAGAGCGGGAAAGGGUUUGGAAGAAUGAGUAGUUGUACUGAAAGUGAUGCAAGCGCCGUAGAACUGGCCACUUUAAUUAAAAAAAAGAUGAUAUCAGCGGCGCCUCGACAUAAUGAAGAAUUCCUUGCCGUUUCAAUGGCUGCGCCGCGACAUUACGAGGAAUGCCUUGCCGUAUCAAUGGCGCCGCCGCCUCUGCCUCCACCGCUCGCCAUAACUUCUCCUCAGUACUGUGAUGGCAGGGCCUGCGGGCUUCUGCAUAGCGCAGUCCAUUCUAGUGUCUCCAUAAAUUAUCAUGCGUGACAGUAUUCUGCUCAUUUUUUACCGACUUACUCUGAGAAUUUUUUCACACUUUAACUUGUUUUUGACCGACUCACUGUGAGAAUUUAUUGACCCUUCUGAUUC